AUGGGGCAAAAACAAGUUUCUCUUGCAUUCGAUAAGUCUAUAAAUAUAUCCCCUUUGACUAAAGAUCAGCUUUUUCCUAAACUUUUUCAAAAACGUCAUGAAUGCAACAAAAUUGAAGAAAGGAAAGAUGCCUUCAGUUUAUUCCCUCAUCUGUGCUACAUAGGAUUAACAGUUGAAUGCUGA